ACCCGGCGUGCACUCCUCUACCUCCGCCCCUCACCAUGGCGCAGCAACUCGUUCAAUUAAUAUACAUCCAUGGCUUUAGAGGCGACGAUACCACUUUCCAGUCAUUCCCCAGUGAUCUACAGGACUACAUCGCAGCUCAAAUACCCCCAGAACUCAAUAUCCACAUUAAAACCAGUCUAUAUCCUACGUACAAGAGCGUCAAGCCUAUCUCACAUGCUACCAAGAAUUUUCUCGAGUGGUUAACAACACAACCACCGGGACCCGUGAUUCUCCUCGGACACUCUAUGGGCGGCCUCUUAGCAGCUGAAGCCGCGACACAUAUAUCUAACAAUCCCAACGGCUACAGGCCGCAUCGCAUCGUCGCAAUGAUAGCCUUCGAUACACCCUACCUAGGCAUGCACCCACAUGUCGUCAUAACUGGAAUUGCAUCCCUCUUCGCUGACGACGAUGACAAGGAUAAGAAAACGGAAAGUGAGAUGAACGAACAUCCCGACGUUCAAAUCGUUGAUAGUGAUGUUACCGACGACUGGGAGACCUUCCGGAAGAACAUAGGUGGCCGGACAUCAUCUUCCUCCCUGCUGCUCUUCCCCUCCCACUCAUCUUCGACUUCGCCUUCCCGUUCGCCCUCGCCCUCCCUUAUCGACCAGGCGAAGGGCUUCCUAGACUCGCACGCGAACGAUCCCUUGGUUCGUUGGGCCCGUAAACACUCAGAUGAACCCUUCACCGCGAGUAAACGCUGGCUCGUUGAGCAUUUUCAAUUCGGCUCGUGCAUGUUUGAUCCCCCAGAGUUGAAAGCCCGAUACACAGCGCUUGUCAAAUGGAACGGUGGGUUAUGGGUGAACUAUUGGACGCAGACAGUGCCGCGGGCACAGGAAGACGGGUAUGUAGAGGAGGCUGAUAACGACGUGGCCCUGCUUCAAACAGGCAUGGCGGGGACUCCGUCGACAUCAUCAAAUUCUUCUACGUCUUUACCUGUGCUAGGUCCCCGAACAGCCUCGGAGACGAAGUUAGCGAAGAAAGAUAACGAGAAACACUUAAAGAAGCUGAAAAAGCAGAGAGAGAAAGAGGCGAAGAAGGGAAAGGUCGGACGACACUUCAUCGUUCUGCCGACAGGGCUGGGAAAGGUCCUCGGUGGCGGGGAAAAGUGGGAGAAGGUACUGAUUGGCGGUGUCAAGGACGAGGUCGGAGCACACUGCGGUCUGUUCAUUCGUGGACAGAAUUUGGAUUAUGAUGGACUUGUGGAUAGGGUAAGUAGAAAGAUUUUGGGGUGGUGUUAUACGUUGUAGCGUUAGUAUAUCUUGUAUUCGUUUGUAGGUAAAAAUAGAUGUAUGAAGAUUCGUGGUGGUUGGGAGUAUUGAUAACAUGUUAUACAAUUUCCGGGG